AUGAGCACCGCCACCGCCGACGCCGACCCCGCGCGCGCGCAGACGCGUCUCACGAAAGCGAGCGGCCCCAAGAUCUCUGGCGCCGCGAGCGCGCUCAAGAUCGGCGGCCCGUUCACCGUCACGCCGUCGCCGCCCUUCGUCGCCGCGCGCGUGGCCGUCUACGACCGCAUUAUGGCCGCGCAGAGGCAGCAGCUCGCGGCGCUGGCCGCCCUCGAGACGCCCAUCUGCGUCACACUGCCCGACGGCGCGUCGGUCGACGGCGUCGCGUGGCAGACGACGCCGCUGGACGUGGCGCGCGCGCUCUCGCAGGGCCUCGCGGACCAAGUGGUCGUGGCCCGCGUCACGUACCGGGGGACGCCCGACGACCCGUUCCGCGUCGAGGCGGCGGCCGAUGUGGACGGCAACGAAGCGAGCGAUCGAGCGGCCGCUGGGUCCUGUUGCAGUGCCGUGCCGGACGAGGCGGCGCGGGAGCUGUGGGACGUGUGCCGCCCGCUCGUGGGCGACUGCCGCCUGGAGCUGCUCAAGUUUGACGACCCCGAGGGGCGGACAGUGUUUUGGCACUCGAGCGCCCACGUGCUGGGCGAGAGUUUGGAGACGCUCAAGGGCGCGCACUUGACGAUCGGGCCGCCGGUCGAGGGCGGCUUCUACUACGACGCGUACAUGGGCGCGCACACGGUGCUCGAGAGCGACCUGAGCGUGCUGGAGAAGGCCUGUCAGAAGGUCGUCAAGGACAAGCAGCCGUUUGAGCGCAUUGUGCUCACGAAAGACGAAGCGCUCGAGAUGUUUGCCGACAAUGUGUUCAAGACGCAGAUCAUUGCCACGAAGAUCCCGGACGGCGGCAAAACCACGGCCUACCGCUGCGGCCCGCUCAUUGACCUCUGUCGCGGACCGCACGUGCCCCACACGGGCAAGAUCAAGGCCCUCGCGGUCACGCGCUCGUCGAGCGCGUACUGGCUCGGCAAGACGUCGAACGACGCGUUGCAGCGCGUGUACGGCAUCUCGUUCCCUGACAAGAGCAAGAUGAAAGAGUGGAAGUACCUCCAGGCCGAGGCCGCCAAGCGGGACCACCGUCGUCUCGGUGUGAGCGAAGAGCUCUUCUUUUUCCACUCACUGAGUCCUGGCAGCGGGUUCUGGCUGCCGCACGGAUCGGCCAUCUACUUUAAACUGCUCAAGUUCAUUCGCGAACAGUACCGCGAGCGCGGGUACACGGAAGUCAUUACGCCCAACAUUUUCAACAUGGAGUUGUGGAACAUCUCGGGCCACGCUCAGCACUACAAGGACAAUAUGUUUGUGUUUGACGUAGAGGGACAGGAGUAUGCGCUGAAGCCCAUGAACUGUCCAGCAGCGUCGCUCAUGUUUGACUUUCGUCAGCGCUCCUACCGUGAGCUGCCUAUCCGCUACGCGGACUGCGGCGUGCUGCACCGUAACGAGCUGAGUGGUGCCCUCACGGGCCUCACGCGCGUCCGUCGCUUCCAGCAAGACGAUGCGCACAUUUUCUGCCGCGACGAUCAGAUCAAGAAGGAAGUGCUGGAUUUCCUGACGUUUAUGAAGUACGUGUACGACGUGUUUGGCAUUGAGUUCAAACUGGAGCUGUCGACGCGCCCUGAGAAAGCCAUGGGCGAGCUGGAACAGUGGGAGCGUGCCGAGAAGCAGCUCGCGGAAGCCCUGGACGAGUUUGUUGGCGCCGAUAAAUGGGUUGUCAAUCCAGGCGACGGCGCUUUCUACGGUCCCAAGAUCGACAUCAUGAUUACGGACGCACUGAAGCGCCAACACCAGUGCGCCACGGUACAGCUGGACUUCCAGUUGCCCAUCCGGUUCAACCUGAAGUACCGCACGGACGAUGCAGAGAAUUUCAAGCGUCCGGUGAUCAUUCACCGUGCCAUCUACGGUUCGCUCGAGCGCUUUGUUGCUGUCUUAGUGGAGCACUAUGCCGGCAAGUUUCCGUUCUGGCUGUCACCGCGUCAGCUUCUCGUCGUCACAGUGGGCGCUGCGUUCAUUGACUAUGGGUACGAGGUCAAGGACGCACUGUUUCGCGCCGGCUUUGACGUGGAUAUUGACGACAGUGGCAAGACGCUGAACAAGAAGAUCCGUGAGGGCCAGAUGAACCACUACAACUUUAUUCUUGUGGUGGGUGCACAAGAGCAAGAGACGCGGUCUGUCAAUAUCCGUACGCGCGACAACAAGGUGACGGGCACGAAGACGCUGGAGGAGGCCAUUGCCAUGUUCAAGGAUCUGGAGGCGACCAAGGUAGCCGCCGAGUAA